CAGUAUUCAUACAGUAUGGUUCCACCAAUUCCUACGGUACAUGCAAAGCAAGCCGUAGCUUCUAUCGAUAAGCCUCAUUGCGCUCUCGCCGUCAUGAACAACAAAUCAGUCCAUCCAAACAACAGAACAACCCUCUUCCUACAAUCAUGAUCGUUUGAGAUGAAUCUGCGUCUCGGCGAUUGACGCUGGCGGUGAUCAGAUUUCCAUUUGUCUUUUCCAACAUUCAUCACCCUUGAUCGGAAAGCGAUCGCACGCCCGUCAUGGCGACAGAAGACGCUCGCUACCGUCAAUCCACCCAGUAUCGGCUGUGGUCAUUCUCGCCCUCGCAGCUCCAGACAAUGCGCGAGAAGACCACCGAGCUUGCUGCCACCAACAUUGCCAACCGCUUACGCGCCUCUGAACCACCCGUCGACCCGCUUCCAGACUUCCUGACCCCCGCCGACGAGGGCAUGUUGCUCAAUUUCUACGUCGUUGAUCUUCUGCGCGCUGCCCAGUUCUUGGAGCUCUCCUCGGAAAUCCAGGCCACCGCUGCCAUUUUCUUCCGCCGCUUCUACCUUACCAACAGCCUCAUGACCUAUCCCCCCAGGGCCCUAACUAUGACCUGCAUCUUCUUCGCCUGUAAGGCCGAAGGCUUGUUCUACAAAAUACAGAAGUUUGCCGACAAGUUCCCCGGUAUUACGGGCGAGGAAGUUUUGGCAGCUGAGUAUGUUUUGUGCCAAGGGCUACGCUUCGCCUUCGACGUGCGGCAUCCCUAUCGCGCCUUGGAGGGCGCUAUUAUGGAGCUCAGGAGGCUGGGAGGCUUUGACGAAAGCCGCCUCGCUCGGGCCCAUGGUAGAACUAGAGACAUACUGAAGUUUAGCCCGCUCCUCACUGAUGCGUACUUCCAUUACACUCCCAGCCAGAUAAUGUUCAGUGCGCUAGCAAUGGCAGACGAGGGCCUUUUGCAGCGACUACUCCGUGACGCCUUUGCAGGUCAGAGCGAGAGUGCCAAGAACCAAGUCUUGGAGAUAAUACAGAAUUGCAGAGCUAUGCUGGAAAGGGAACCGCCUGAAAGGCGAGUAACAUACUGGGAUGCACCCGCAAGCAAGGAGACGAUGAAACCUUUAAACAGGAAACUUAAAAAGUGCCGAGAUCCGGAUAGGGUGGAUCUAGUUGCUUUACAGAAGGCUCGAAGGGAACAGGUCCUGCAAAAGGUCAAAGCGAAAACAACUACGAAGGAAGAUGGCGAUGUCUUUGGCCCUAGCAACGGCGUUAAAAAGGACGACGAACGCGAAGCUAAGAGAAGAAGAGUCGCAGAAGGAGGCGAUAUGUUUGGCCCUCCGUUGUGAGGCCUGGUCUCUAGGAUUUCAAGGUUGCUCCAGAGUGCUACAGAAGCACGCUCCAACCAGCACUCGUAUCAAAUGGAGAGGCGACAUAGAGACAGAAAGAGACUUUUGAUAAGCCCAGAAAUGCUUUCUUCAAGUCUGAGAACAACGCCCUUGAGCUAUCUUGCUAGAAGAGGAAGAGAAAGUAUAGUGAUCGGGUCGUGUCGCGGUGAUAAGAGGCAGCGCUCGAACUUUGCCACGAAAGAAGGACCUAUUCUUCCAGGUCGUGGAAAUGCCAUCCUACGACAAGGCCCCAGUCAGAUGGAUUUUCACAAGAACAUAAAGCGUGUCGUGUUCUCGUUCUCAUGAUGAGACGACGACUAUCUAGAUGGAUCACAUCUAGAGUAAUGAUUAAUACCCUACUGGGACUAGGAAGGGAUUUCAGUAAUGAUGGUCGAAAGAGGCAUGCAUCAUGAGUAGGUCGCGGUGUCCUUUAUACCUGUUUCCAGCAUCGAGAAUGUAUCCUAACGUGUGAUUAGCUCAUCCGCCCGACUAUGAGUUACGGUAUGCCCAUGCUAGAAUCCUUCAAUUUGAAAAGGGCGCCGGCGGACAGAUGCCUUUACAAUGAAAGUUACAACUGGUUUUACCUACUUUACAUUGAUCUGCAUGCGAU